AUGACAAUUAUCGGAAGCAAGAAGUCUAUUGAGACAUUCCCAACAGACAAGGCUAUCGAAGAUGCCAAGGAUCUUAGGGCUGAGCCUGGCUUUGGACUAUCUUACGUCUGCUCUACCCAUACAUCAUUUCCGUCCCAAUAUCUAAAGAUGACGAAGUGGAAGAGCAACGAUGAUCGCCUCCGGGCGGCAAAUCUUGAAACGUUAAGCGAUGCACUCGGGGUCAUCAAUGUAAACGGGGAAGCACAGGUGAAGCAAUUGCGACAUGAUAUUCGAAAAAAGAUUCUCAGCGGCCAUUCAAAACGUCUGGGAGAGGAGGCAAACCAGCGAGAAGAGGACGCCCACGAAAAUGACCCGGCAUCCUAUGCCCAGCCUUUUAUAGACUUCAUCAACAAGAACCCCACCGUCUACCAUGCAGUCGAAGCUGCUGCUAAACAGCUCCGAUCGAAAGGAUUCACAGAACUCUCAGAACGCGACGCUUGGGACUCCAAGCUAGAAAAAGGAGGCAAAUAUUUCCGAUUACAAGCCCGGAAACGGGGCCAGCAUAAUCGCCACGCAUAUCGAUGCCUUGACUGUUCGCUUGAAGCCCAUCUCCUCCCUCCCUACCAAGGGGGUUACGUACAAUUAGGUGUCGCCCCAUACGCAGGGGGCCUAAAUGGAACGUGGUGGGACCGCGACUUGGGCGUCGCUGGCCGCGUCCUCGUUCGCGAUGCCAAAACCGGCAAAAUCUCCACAAAGCUCGUAAACCUAGACUGGCCCAUCGCUCGCAUCCCAACCCUCGCCCCGCACUUCGGACAAGCAGCGAACCUGGAUCGUGCGAACAAAGAGACGGAAAUGGUACCCAUAAUUGGUCUGGACCAUCCCACCGCUGCCAGCUCUGCCCCCUCCACCACUACCAACAGCAGCGGCGGCGGACCUACCACAUUCACCUCCACCCAGCCGCAGCGCCUCGUCUCCCACAUAACGAACGCCCUUUCCCUCUCCCCUUCCCAAAUCCUAAAUUGGGAUCUCGAGCUCUACGACACGCAGCCCGCAACGCUCGGCGGGCUCGACCGCGACCUAAUCUUCGCCGGCCGCAUAGACGACAAGCUAUGCUCCUUCAGCGCGCUCGCCGCUCUCCUCGCCUCCUCCCCCUCCAGCUCGCCCAAUAGCCUCCGCGUAGUCGCCUGCUUCGACAACGAAGAAAUCGGCUCCCUAACCCGACAGGGUGCGCACUCCAACCUGCUCCCCGACGUUCUCUCACGAAUCACGUCUUCCCUCGCCGGCACAGCUUACACGCCCGACAUCCAAUCCCAGCUCUACGCAAAUUCCUUCCUCAUCUCCGCCGACGUCUCCCACGCUCUAAACCCAAAUUUCACUUCCUCCUACCUGCCCUCGCACUCGCCCGCGCUAAACACCGGCGUAGCAAUCCAAGCUGAUCCGAACGGGCAUACAACGACCGAUGCCGUAUCCACCGCCUUCCUGCAGCGCAUAGCUGCGAAGACGAGUCCGCCGUGUGUUUUGCAGACGUUCCAGAUCAGGAAUGAUAGUCGGAGUGGGGGGACGGUGGGGCCGAUGUUGAGUAGUGGGAUGGGGAUGCGCGCGAUUGAUGCGGGGAUGCCGCAGUUGAGUAUGCAUAGUAUUCGCGCAACGACGGGGAGGGAUGAUCCUGGGUUGGGCUGCGCCGAAAGCAUUCCUUACUGCAUGAAAAGACCAAAUAACAUAACCUCAUAG